AUGUCGUUAGUGCACUUGGCUAAUGCGUGUGCGCAUUUGCAAAAUUGUUCCAGGGCUAGAACGUCACUUACUUCAAUUCCGUACACGAAACUACAUCUUAACUUUGCUUACAACUUGUACAAGCACGGUUUUCUCUCAACGCUGCAACGUGGCUCGACCAAGGGCCCAGACGUGGCAGCAGCUGAGGUAACUCCAGACAAUAUUUCUACCCGGAGACUAUGGCUGGGACUGAAAUAUAGAGAAAAUAAGCCGGUAAUAAGCACCUGCAGACUCAUUUCCAAACCCAAUUUGCGGAUAGAUCUCAAGUACGAGGAUCUCAAGCAAUUGUGCACUGGUAAGACGGUACGUUUGAUCAAGCCACUGCAACCAGGUGAACUGAUUUUAGUGCGCAGCGGAAACGAGCUGUUUGACAUUAACGACGCAAUUGCACGCAAAAUCGGAGGCGAAGUAUUGUGUCGCAUCAAGUGA